AUGAACUCGGCGGCGGCUUCCCAGCCGGCUCCGGCUAAAAAGCUAGACAGCGCCGACAUCACGACGACGGUGGCAACCUCAGUGGCAUCCGAAAGGGCGAAAGAGGUUGCGUCAGCGGCGGUGUCAGAAACGGUGUCGGCUAUGCUCGACAGCGCGACCACGAUGGCAGUAGCCGCCGUCGAGAGGCCCGUGCAGCAGGUGCUGGCCCCAGCAACAACUUCGACACCCUCGGGUGACGAAACAGCCGUCGUCCCGCCACCGCUCUCCGACGCUCCCGAAUUGUCGACGGACCGUGUCAUGAGCAGCAUCGAGCUGUCCGGACGUGAUCGCGAAGACGAAGAGAGUUUUGAGAGCCAAGAAGAGGGGGCGUUGAAGCCUCCGGCAGAAGCUCUGCUCUCUUCUAUCCCACAGCAGCUGAGAAAUGACAGCGAUACUCCUGUACAGGCCCCGAACAGGAGCAGGACGAGCCGGGGAGAUGAUGACGAUGCGGUGGUGAUCCCCGUCGUAGAUCGUCCCAUUAAUAACGAUGUCAACAAAUGUGAUGACACGGAGGGAGCCCAACCGGAGAAGUAUGAAAGCGAAGGCAUGCGCGAUAAACAAGGAGGUGGCGCGCGCGAGGAAGACACGCAAGGGGUCGGCGACGGGAAAGUGCAAGACGACAGCACAGAGAGACACGGAGGAAGAGAUAACAAGGUAGACAACACGGAGGAAAUCGGGUCGUCAGAGGAUGGCGAUGGCCGGACGUUGCAUCAUUCCGGGCCCGAAGACGGAGCCACUGUCUUGGUGUCGGGAACGAGAAAGGGUGCGGUCGUACAGGUUGUCGAAAGAUUGCACCCGUCGUACCAGCUGAUCGUCUCGGUGAGCGUGGCUGCGAGCGCUCUGUCGUCGGCGGAGCGGAAUGGCAAGCUUGAUGGAAGCGAGAGCAACCACCAUCCAUCAAAGAGAACUGAAACCUCCGAGGAAGGAGACAACCCGGCAAACGAGUGCGGCAAAGCUACCGUAACGGCCAGUCUCUCCCUCGGAAAGUCAGAGAUAAAGGGAGCUCUUGAGAGGCUCGAGAUCGUCCCGGUAGCGGUCGAGGGAGGGAAGCCAAGCGCUGCAAACGAGGAUGAACAGCUGGACGAUGAUGGGGAAAGCGGAAAGAGGUGGGCGCUUAAGAUAUCGAACCGUGAAGUCAACACGAGCGAAAAGGAUAACGGUGCCGACGACGGCGAAGACAACAACCACGACGGUGCCAAGGGUGUACCUGUGAGAAGCACCGCCAGGCGUGGCAGCAGCCGAUCUGGCGGUGGUGACAAGAGAGGGUGGGGCCAACAGUAUGGCGGCCAGGCAGACGCGAAGGAAGGACAAGGCGAGGACUCCUCGCCAUCGAACGCGGCUGUUCGUGCUGUUGUCGACGGGACAGCAGCGCCACCGAUCGCCGCCUGGGAAUCCGCCGGGAUGGGUGGGGGAGGAGGGAAUGAGGAGCCACUGUGGCAUUGGUGGGACGAUGCAGACCCGUGGUCGAGAGGCCCCAGAUCGUACGUGACAGCAGCAAGCACAUCCACCGACCGUGGGCCGUCAAGAUCAGGGUCAGGUCCGCCCCCGCCGGCUUACCAAGAAAUGACCCCGCCCCCGCCCUACUCAGAGACUGUGAAACGCUAUGCCGCAACGCAGCGCUCAUCACCAACACCGAAGACCGGUCCUGAGGGGGACCACCAAAGAACGCCAUCCUUUCGAGAGGCGGCAACAAGACAUGUGCCGUCAGGCUCUGUCAUAUCGAGUGGCGACGCCUCCUCGUUCUCUUCCGACGGUGACGCGAGCCUUGGGCCUCCCCCGAGCUACCACUCCACAGCGGCGGGAGGAGGAACAGCCCGCUCCUCCUCGCCGUCCGCGGCGGGAGAGGAGGACGAGAAAAGCCGCUUCGCAAGGGACCUACCACCUCCUUCGUACGGGAGGUUCUACGACACUCUGUCCGGCACAGCUGCUGGACUUUCGCACCCAGAGACCAACGGUCGCGGCGAAGACGCAGGCGGCAUUGAUGAGUGGUGGGCUCGAGACGAAGACCAACACUUUGACCAGAACAGUCCAGACACACAGCCCGAGAAACAGCGGACAAGGCACCGAAGACACCGUUCUUCAGACGGCGGCGGUGGCGGUAGCAGUAGACUGUGGGCGUCCGGCGGUGGGGCUAUUGAGAGGUCGGGGACAAACCACGGUGACCAGAGGUCGCUGAGAGGAGGAGCAGGAGCGUCCAGGGGGCGGCGGCCUCCGCACGAGGGGAGGGGAGGAUGGAAGAGAAGCCCGACGGCCUCGGGUGGUAGACGACCAAAGACAACCAUGGGCGUGUCGCGAGGGAAGAGUAGACAUGGAACCAAGGAUGGCACCUCCGGUUUGUCAUUGAGCGGUACCGAGAGUUGGAACGACGACCGGUGGAGACUUACCCGCUACCUCCAAGCCUGCCAAAAGGAGCUCACGGAAGCAGAGGAGGGCCGGCGGAGGGCAGAAGCAGCUGCGAACGCUGCCGAACGAAGGGCAUGGAAAACCGCCGACUCUGUUCCAUACGCUUCACACGACACCGCAUCGCCACAAGAACAGUCGAGAGGCGGCGGCGACGACGAUGCGGAGAAGCGGGCCUGGGCAAGAGCGGCGACGCAGCGAGUGCUAGACCUCAUGCUGGUGACGGAGAGGGUUCGCCAGGAAGAGCAGAAGAGACGCGUCGCUGAGGCCAGGGCGAACAACCAGUUUAUCGUCCAUUUCUCGGCCCUACGUCUGCUUCAGUCCUGGGUUUCCCCGCGUGCCGACAAUGAACGCCGAGUCGACGGGCUUUGCUACAAACACGUUGUAGAUGGAGCGGCCUUGAAACAUGUCAGCGCCGUUGCCGCUUUUUCCGCACUCGGUCGCGCCAGGAGGGUGGCUGCGGCUUGUCUGGAGGAGGGAACAGACUUCGCACAGCCGUUCCGAGACAUGGACGCUGAUGGAGGUGGUCGCUUGACCCUCGCGGAGAUGGGUGCCGCCCUGAAAAGGGUUGGAGCGCACCUCAGCUUAUCUCAGGUGACCGCAUUGUUCAGGCAUUUCCGCCGAGGGCGCCUCGGCUUGGACAAGGUCGAUCGCGGUGAGAUCCUGUGGGAGUUCAUCGACACAAAGCGCCUGUUGGAGCAGUGGCGGAGUGCCGGGGACAUAGGUGGCGGACACCGCGCCCGAACGGCCCCUUUUCGAAAGAGGGCCAACAGAGCGAGCUACAGCGGCGGCGAUGACGGUCGCGGUGGUGGUGCCAGCGGCGGAACGUUAAGCCGGUACGACUUCUCCCGGGCUCUGGAAGAGCUGGGAGUGCACGUCGACGGCUGGGAAGCGGGCGCUCUCAUGGACCGCUUCGGGCUGGAAAAGGAUGAGCUGUUUGGCGAUGAUGCCAACCCUGAGGACAACGAGGUCGAUUGGAGGACCUUCGUAUCCUUUAUGCAGACCGUGGAAAGAGAGGAAGACGGCAAGGACGACGACGACAAGAACAAACGUAACCAUUACGGUGGCAGAAAUAAAACUGCUGUGAGGAGCGGCAAAGAAGGGCGGGCGGGGCUCCGCACCACCCUCCCCCGCGGUGGAAAAGACGAGCACAGGUUUCCACGCCAACAGCAACGCUGGGCGACCAGCGGCCUCCACCGCGGAGGAGGGCUGUUCGAGAGAGGACAAGGCGAUGCUACCUGGAGUCACUCCAUCCCUCCGGCCGAAAAGGCGACCUCGUCACCGAAAGCCAGUGCUACAGCCGGCGCCAAGCCAUACACAUACUGGGCAUCAUCCGCUCCCAUUUCUGGGGGGCGCUACAACACCCCCAGCAGUGCAGACAAACAGGCUCCACUGGCAACAACGACGAGCGCCACGGCUAGAGGAGCUCCGCCGUUGGAGAUGGCCAGUGCCCAGUCUCCGUCAGGUUUUGGAAAGGAAGAGGGGUGGAAGAGGUGGAGGAAAGGUGGGAGAGAGAACGGGGGGAGGCCAGUCAUGGCGAACGCUGCGGAGGCGUCAAAGGUCCUGGACGAAUUGCUGGAAGACGAGCGGGAGCUCGAGGCCUUCCUAGAGGAAGAGUUUGCCAGGCGGGAAAGGGCGGCGAUUGGGGCGGAAGACUUCAGCCGUGGGCAAGAGCAACGACGGUGGGGAUCGAGGACGACAUCUAAGACUUGCUCCAGCUGUGACCUGUCGCCCGGGGCGACCGCACGGCGCAAGUCCGUCGCCGAGCAAACCGCGAGCACCAUCGACCCCACGAAAGGCGCUGCUACCGCCCUGCCGCCGCAGACGCUGCCACCGCAUCUCCGGAGGGGCUCGUUGACGCUGCUAGAGCGGGGAUCAUGGAAGUCGCCACCGCUAUGUAGCCCGCCCGACAUUCACCCGACCAAUGUCUUGAAGAAGAACUUUUUCGGGACCGCCGGGACGGGCACAGAGACCCCACCGGUGGAAAUGAGGCCGUCCUGGCGGCCUCGACGAAACUUUUCUUCGAGAUAUCGGUCAGGGUUUCCUCCUGAGUGCGAGAAACUCGACAUCAUACCCAACGACAGCCGGGUUCGCUCCAGCUGUGACCUGUCGUUCAGGGCGAUGACACGGCCAAAGCCCAUCGCCAAGCCAACCGCAAUGACCAUCGACUACACGAAAGACGCCGCCGUCACCGCCACCGCCACCGCCACCACCGCCGUGGACACGGUCAUCACAUCUUCGGAGGGGUUCGUCAAAGCUGGCAGAGCGGGUAUCAUCUGGGUGACAGAGGGUUACAGUUGA